AUGAAGAGGUCUAGCCCCUUCCCUGUGAUCUCCAUGGAGUGUAUAAAGAGGUCCUGUCUAUCCAAGAUGUGGUCUCAGUACAGAUACACCAGUCAACCCCAGAGCGUGGAGCCCCAGCCAUCCAACACUGCAAAAUCUGCUAAAUCCAUCACAUGGCUGAUGAAGUUUUGUCAUACAGCGAUCACCUGCCUGUGUUACCUGAUGAUGAUCAUCACCUUGCCGAUUUCCAUUUGGUUUUCCAUUAAGAUUGUGCAUGAUUAUGAGCGGAUGGUGAUAUUUCGUCUCGGACGGGUACAACCACCCAAAGGUCCAGGCUUGGUUCUGGUUGUUCCUUUUAUUGACCAGUUUCAGAGGAUAGACAUGAGAUCCAGAGCAUUCAGGAUACAACCUUCUAAGGUGAAAUCUCUAGAUCAUAUGAUGGUGUCAUUGAGAGCAGAUGUCCACUUCAGGGUAUGUGACCCUGUUCUGUCAGUCAUGUCCAUCCAGAAUCUGAACUUUGUCAUCCAGCACACAGCAGAGAACCUCAUGGCACAGAACCUGGGGCACAAGUAUCUAAAGGAGAUCUGUGGAGACCAGAUCCGGUUUGCAGAACAACUGAAGGAAGAUAUUAAUGAACAGGUGAAGGCAUAUGGAGUGUGUAUUGACUACACAGAGGUGCAGCUGGAAGCUGUUCUACGACCCCAUGCAGAGCAUGUGCCUGUUCCUGUUCCCCCAGCAUCUUUCGGCCCCACUGGUGGAUUGGAGCAAACUGUUACACCGCUUUCAUCACUGGCCCAGCAAACCGUUACAACAAACUCAGUGCAAUAUCCAGACGAUGAUUUUGCAGUAGAUGUAAUUGCUAGCCAGAUAGAGGAUGGAUGGAUACUUUCAGAUUCACUAGUCACUGAAGUGGGAUCCUCCUAUCAGCUGAUAGCGACCAAGAAGAGUGGCGAGAAUGUUUCCUAUUUUAUCGACCUCACAUCGGGGUCUGGCACAGCGGACUGGGGAGUUUUUCCUGGAAUCCCUGAUGUUACUUUAAAGAUGACAGCAGCUGAUCUUAUGAAUCUCAUAAAAGGAGAUUUGAGUCCUAUGACUGCGUAUACAACAGGCCGCUUACAAGUUAUAGGAGAUCUGAGGACUGCUUUACUGCUGGAGAAGCUUUUUCAGAGGCUAGCGUUCUAA